AUGGCAACCGACUUUGGCUGCGAUGCCGCGGAAGAGGCUCUGUCAAGGUUCUACGGCUGUGCUGCGCAAGAUCCGAAGAUCAAGGACGAAGACAAUGUCGCCCAACCUCUUCGUUUGCCUUGUCAAACGAUUGAACUUGGGCUCGAAGCGUUGUUGGAAAUAGCGUAUCAAGGAACCGCGAAGUGCACGACAGAACAGCCAGACCCCGUGACUCGGGACGAACCACCAGAGACACCAGGCAGCAGCUGCCGCUUGCACUCCACUUGUGCAUGCGGAGUGCCUGAGCCCCAGUAUGGCGACCGCCCGACUCCUUGCGACCUCCGCCAUCCAACUUGGGCCUCUCCUGCGAACAAGGGGAACAGUGCCGUAAACGAAACGAGUGCGUCCCCAGAAGGGAGUUGUUCGAGUACUCUAGACCGGGCGACAUUGGAUUCAGCCCGUGCCUCGUUCCCUGUAGACAGAGUGAGAGUGCGGUCGCUGGUGAACCGAAGUUCUCCUCCCCGUCAAGGACGUAGCACUCGAAUUCAAGGCCCAUGUUCGGCAGGAAAGCAGGACCACACUUCCUCGGAUGCGAUGAGCGAUUCGUCUUCGUCGUCUGCAGAUUCUUCCACCAGGACAUUGAGGGAUGUUACAGUGGGCGACCUCCGAAACGGAAGCGUCGCAGCUCCACGCGGUGUCCCAUCAGGAGGGGGUUCUUUUCCUGAAGGAAAUGCGAGGGAGACGGGAGGUGGAGUCGAGAGUGAGGAACGAGAAACUGGGUCGGCGAGGAAAGGAGCAAAGGAUGCACCGACAGGAACUGGAGCCAUGGAGGUGACUCCAGAGGGGUCGCGGCCAGCGGGCCGAGGCAGCGGCCAGAUGCAGCGGGAACCCUUUCUGUUUGGAGCGCAGCGGCUUCCGCCAACUUUUUGUCAGCCGCCUUCGUUGGUCCACGCAUCCAAUAACCGUGCGUCGACGCCGUUCCACGACACCAGCGCUUCUCUCCUUCAGGCAGAAUCUGCAUCCCAGGGGAACUGCUGGCGACACCUACUGAUGGGUACGAGUGGCGAGCUGAGAGCGGCUUCAAACUCAGGGGAGGCACAUCCGCCAGACACACUCGGCACUGCGGACGCGCCUGUCCAAUCACGAGCAGCAACGUCUUCCGCCACGGGCAGCGACAGGGGAAACGCGGCACCUGCAAACGGUCCGGGGGGGAGCCAAGCGCUUCACUGGCCGCCGCGGUCUCAUCCGAGCCUACUGGUGGUGGAGAGCAUGACGGGAUCGCCGAGCCAGCCAGCACGCAACGCGUCUUCACGAGCGUCUACCCUCCGGGAUGAGGGACACCAUCUACGACUUCCUCAGACGAGCUGCGACAUGAUUUCAUCACUGUCAGCCUGUCGCGUCGAUUUGCUGUCGACUAGGGCAACAAAGGAAGAACUUCAGAGGAGGGAGCAAGACCUUCAACAGCAGCUACACAAUUCUCGACAAGAGCAGGAGAUCCUCCAAGCUUUGGUCGGCGAGAUGACGGCGCUGCGCCAAGAUGCAGAGGCUGCGGCGGCUGCUGAGGCGGCAGAUGCCCCAGAGUCAAGAGAAGAGCAUUUGGGUGAACAGGGAAACAGGGAGCGAGACACCAGGAAUCGCUGCGCGAGACUGGGUGUCGGCGAUGCAAGCAGUAAUGAAAGGGGAACCAGUGUCGCAUGCAGCGGAGAGGAUGCCGGAGCUUUUCUCAUUUCGCCUGCUGGACCCAGGUUCGGUUCGGACGAUAUCGGGGCUGCGUUGCUCCAGGCCUUCGGGCUGAAGAGAAGGAAGUUUGCAACCCUAGCUCCAGGCGGACCUAUCGAUGUGGAAGCGGACGUCGAGUCCAACGCGGAAGCACAGUUGCGGGGUCAGUUAGGGGCGUUUGGACGGCAAGACGCUUCAUCAGUCCGUCGACUAGUCUCGUCUGUUCUAAGAGGCGAGGAGGCGGUGCAGGCGGGCAGGGGGAAGACGGAAGGCCCCGUCGACAGUGGCGCGGCAUCUCGGGGUCUUGCGAAUGCUGUAGAGUCUCGAGUGCGGGCAUCGGCCGCAUGCGACAGCCGAACUGAUGAGGCAACUGCACAGGCGGUGCCGCCAGGGAGGCUGUCGGAGCCUCAAAGCUUAACGGGAAUUGCCACGGGUUCACCAUUGGGAGCUGGACUGUCGCGUUUGGCGACAGCGUCUUGUGGCGCUUCAAGAGUGCCCGCAGAACCUUUGUAUCCUGGGUGUGCAGGAUCGCCCUCAAUGCGAGGGGCGACGCCGGAGCUGGAGAGACUGUCAAACGUCGAGCCUCGCUCCGGUUUCGGAAACCCGUCGGCGGAGCAACAAGUCUUGGCGCUGCUGGCGGCGUCAACGGGAAGCGCCGUGGGCGCGAUGGAUGACGCUGUUAAGACGCAGCUCGGGCACCCGCAGCAUCGCGCUGCAGAGUACGCAAAGCUGGCCCGUCUGUUGCCUCGCAUCAACCGUCUGACCUUUUCUACUCAGACCCUGAUGUGGGUCGUGCGAGUACAGACUCGGCGCACUCGGCUGUGUAAGUCUUUCUCCGUGCGGAAGCUCGGCUUCCUUCCGGCCCGCCAGGCGGCGGUUGAUUUCCUGAUGGAGUUUGACCACCAGGACCAGCAACUGCAUACGCGACCCUCAGACCCAACGAGAAGCGCCUCACCGACAGCGCGAUCGCGACGAAGCGAAACGGAUGGAGCCGCUGCGGAAUCGCCUCUCAUGCACAAUGGGCACGUGGACAGAGACACAGCGGCCGACGGAUUUGCCCCCAUGGAUUCUUCGUGCGCAUGCUGCGGCGGACAACACUCCGACCAGCCACAGCUAGCGGGUGCGCGGCUUCAGCUGCCGGAGGCGUCCACGCCCCAUUCAGGAGGACCCGGCGGUUGCGUCGCGCGCGCGUGCAAAGAGACUGCACCGUCUGAGGCGAGCCUGGCGCAUGGCAGCAUUCCGGGUGCGACCAAAGGCAACCUCGCCCCCGGUGAACGUCAUCCACAGAGCAAACCGACACAAGGCGACUGCCGAGCGGAGGCAAGCGCCGCUGAUCCGGUUUUGAAGGGCGACGCGGCGCACCACGGAGGCGCAGCUCAGACGGUGGCUUCUUCGAAGCGACACCUCGAAGAGGAGCGGAACGCGGAGAACCCUUCCCGUGCUCAGUCGAGCGCGGCGUCGCAUUUAGAGUCGGGGGGCCCAGCGCUUUCAAGAGCGGCUGUUCCCGUGUGCCCCGUCGACAGUCCUGCGCAGAGGCUGUGCGCGCGGUGUGCAACGUCGUCGUCUUCCGAUACGCCCGGAGAUUGCGGACAUGCAAAACCGUCUCUGGAUUCGUCGUCAGGUGGGGACACGCGAAGGCGAGGCAAUCCGGCGCAGUGCCUAGCAGGCCAUGGUGGAAUCGCGCAGUCUAGCUGCGGUGAUGCAGCCGGUGCUUCACGUGAAAGUGUCGGUUUGCGGGAACUCCAGAGCGAUGCUUGUUCGACGAUCCCUCCAGUGGAUUGCCCAGGGGCAAGCGAAGCGUCCGGGCCCGGGCGCGAAUCCGGAGUUCGGACGCCUCGGAGCGCCUCGAGUGCGUCUCAAGUGGAGCGGAGACUGACGACGAAAGAAGGUCGCGCCAGCACGUGCACAUGUUCGGGGAAUGAAUGGACGAAACCGCGUGCGAGUGUGGACUCGGUUGUGUUACGGCGGGAAGGCCGCGACGGGAGCUUUGCACAUUUGCAUCAACGCCAAGAGCAGCACGAAAGGCGAAAGCAUGCACGGGAGGAUCUGGCCUUGCGAGCCCGACAACUUCCGCAUACCGUCGGGGUGAAGUUUGAUCCGACGUGCCCGCGAUGGAUCGCUCACUGGAAGCGCGAAGGCCAGCGAUUCUUCAAGAGCUUCAGCGUCGAGAAAAAUGGCUUCGAGAAUGCCUGGAACCUGGCCAAGUUGUGUCGCCAAAGAAACGCUGAACUUGCGGCCGCGACCAGGAGCAGCGCCAGCGGCGGAACGGGGAAGUCUCGGCGCUCGCUGUCUGGGCAGCGAAAUGCAAUUGACGGCGCGGAAAGCGACGUGACCGCACGUAUCGCUUCGUCUAUUACUCACGCAAUUGCGCUUGGUGGCGACUCGCGCGAAGAUGCAGGGGCCGUGCCACAGCUGCCGACUUGCUUACCGAUUUGUCAGAGGCAAGACGCAUCUUCCGUGAACCCACCGAAUAUUCCCAGUGAUUCGUUCCUCGCCGCACUGGAAGACUACCUUUCUGGCAGCUACGCGACUGCAGUACGAGGAGGCAGGCAGGAUAGUCGAGAAGACAUUUGUGAUCGUCGCUGGUGCAGGAGAGACGGGACCCAACCUGAAAGUGUUGCCGGUGAUGCUGCGCUCUUCUCUGCCGCCAUUCCCGCGAGAGCAGGUCAAACGUUGCUGGAUGAAAGCAGAGAGAGCGAGGCUCCGGUUUGUCCACAGUCAGACAGGACACGGAUAGAGGCUGCAGCUGUUGCAGAGAUUGCUGGCUUGCGUGCCUUCUGCAAUCUCGUUGCCAGCGAAGCAGCUCUGAAGACUUCUGCUCGCACUACCUCUCGAGACGCGCUGCGAGGCACCGGAGGAUGGCAGAGAGGCCCGAACCUGUCCCUUCGCGCGACAGAUGGGGCAGCGGACGUCGAACCACAGUGGGCCACCCCUCUGCGUGGCGCCGCUGCUCCUCCGGCUACCGAGAGCAUGCAAGAUCCGGCCGAGUUUGUUCCGUCGGCACUUUUCGCGGACCAGAUGAGUGCCCGGCUAGCUGGGGCACCGGCUGUUGACGUGUCGUGGAUCCGGUCCACCGAUGUUGGAGCCGAUAGCUCUGCUUCAGAGAGUCGCCUCCGUCUCCCAGUGCUUCCAGGCGAAGCCAAGAGGGUACACAGUCGAGUGGCAUAUUCGUUCAAGGGGACCGACUGUGAUGGCGGUGGGACAAGGCCAGCCGGCGAGGGAAUUGCCCAAGGGAAGGAGGGUGCAGACGCAGCGUGCGCCGACGGUGGGAGCUUCUUUGAAGGCCUUGGCGUUCCUUCACUGGACUGCGAGCGAGCAUGCACUGCGUCACGCCUUGGGGGCAGGUCGGCGGUGCCUGGUCUCCCUGGACAGCCCGCGUCUCAUCAAGCUGUCCCCGCCUUCAUGCCGCAUGCCGACGACAGUCGAGUCGCCGAACCGGCCAGAACAACAGCGGUGGAUGCCGCGACGGACCUUCGAGAGACUGUCUCGUCGGUAGCCACUCCACGCGCAAAGGGGCCGAGAAGCGACUUGCGCGACUCCGCCCAAGUUCGCGGUCUAUCGGAGAGACCUGCCCUCCGGAACGCGGCUGUCUGUGGUCCUCAACUGUGGCAUUCAGAGUACAUCCAAGACGCAGUUCGACUGUGCAGCGCAAUGCCGCAACAGCGAACGACAGGCGAGCAGCGGCGCUUGGCGCUGGCUGACGUGGGAGCUGGCGCAGAGCUUGUCUCUUCGUCGCUCCUUUCAGGAGCCGCCCUUCCGCCGUGCAAUCCGCAGCUUGCUGAGCAUCUGUCGCUGGCCGCGACCGCAAGUUUGACUGUCCCGUCAGUCCCGGGGUCCGGCGGCGACGGAUCGGCGGCUAGCGGGGAGGCGUCCGUGCCACUACUGUUGCUGCUGUCCAGAGGUGAGCAUUCCCGUCUGGGGAGAUCCGCAGCUGUAACGAGUUCGAGCGCCGCGGUCCCGGACCCGUUUGUAGCUGAGGGAAGUCCGUUGUUGCCAUCAAGAGCGAACGGUUUGGAUAUUGCGAAGAACGCAAACAAGGAAGGGUCGUGGGUGAAUUAUGGCGGGCUCCGGUUGGGCACACGGGAAUGUGCGGCGUUCUUAGCCACCCCAGAGGCUGGUGCACGAGACUUGUCGCUGGAUCCCCAGGCCAGUCAAGGCGUCGCCUCGAACUCUGCAACAACACCCGAUUUGUGGACCCGUUCUCCCACCGACCUCGUCGCUCUUAGUUCCCAACUAAACGUUCCUGGCGUCAGCCUUCUGCCAAAAGCAUCGACUGCUUCGGGAUUUUAUUCCUCAGAGCUGCUCUCGGAGGAGGGUGCACGCUGGACGGUAUCAGCUCAAGCGAGAAUCGCGGGCGUUGGGGUGCAAGAACAAGGGGGACGCGCCAGCAAACUUGGCUCCGUCAGUCAGGAAACGGAAUACGGCGAAGCGUCGCCUCUGAAGGGCGCAGAAGGCAAUUCAUCCGCUGCAUCGCCUGAAGACGCUUUUCAGACGCUGACGAUUCACUCGGCUCGGACAAGCGCGGGCACCUGUCCGGACGACACGGGAGUGCUGGGCGGUUUGAAGGGGUGUGCAAGCAGUGGCAUCACUGGAUCAGUGUUGGGGGAACCUCGGCGCGACAUUCCUAUUGAGGGGGAAAGCUCUGGGGCAAGAGCGGAGUCCCCGGGCCAGGUGGUAGACCGGAAAGCGCGACGAGCGUCUGAGCAGGAGCGUCUACGUGAGCAAUCCCACGCUUUCUCGCUUUCGGACUGGGGCUUCGAUAUGCGACUUCCGGUGACAGAGAACAUCGAAAGCAACAUGCGAAGGCGCAACAGCAUUGACCCACUGUUCCGAGAGUUGGACGCGAGUUCUGCAGGUGCACUUUCGGCGACAGAGAGAGGGCUGCGUGGAGCGGUCGUCGAGACUGACUUCGAGCGGACGAAGGUCCACAAGGGAAGUGGCGAAGAGGGACGCGUCGACGGCGUAUCGACGCGCCGUGCAUCUAGCACUUGUUCAGGUAGCCAAGCUUCGCAUUCGUUAUUGGGAGGAAGCGAGACUCCAGGGUGGUGUUCGUCCGAGCACACAGAAAACCCGGAGCGUCUCUCGUGGGCAAAGGUGGCAGUGCUGAUGAUUCUGCGAAACCUCCGCGACGCCUGCCAGACCCGGGGGGUUCCGUCUGAGGGCGCGCUAUGCCGCCUAACUGGUUACAUUCAAAUGGUGGAUGCGUGCCACACGGAGGGGCCGAAUCUGCGUGCUCUUCUCGCUACUUUUUCGAACCUGAUUGCAGAGCAGCGUCUCCCUGGCAGCUUGCCCACUGAGGACCUGCUCCAGCUCGUCAGGGACGUGCAAGCAGCUCUGACGACCCAGGGCGAAUUGCAGUCGAGCGGAACUGAGCAGCCCUCGUCGGUGUGUUCAGCGGCUCAACCCAGCUAA